GCAAUAUGGCUGUCAGUAUAAAUUUGAUGCUUGUAACAUGAGUUUCUCUCCGAGAAAUUUGACAAGCGUAAGCGUAGUUUCGCGUUACGCGCGGCGUGAUGUGACUUUUGCGUGUCCGGCAAUGCGGAAAUGGCAACGCGAGUCAGUUGAAGCCGGAGCCAGACAGCCAGAACGGUUUUUCAGAGAGCAGGUAUUCACGAGUCGUCUAUUCAGCAAUAUAGUUCGUCACCAUGACGUCAAGAUUGGACAGACUAUUCAUAUUAUUGGAGACCGGAACAAACGCAGUUACCAAAAGGGCAGCUGCACAGCAGUUGGGAGAAGCGCAGAGAUUACAUCCUCAUGAUCUACAUCAUUUAUUAGCGAGAGUCUCUACUUUGUUAAAAUCUCCACAAUGGGAUACUCGAAUAUCGGCGGCCCAUGCUGUGCAAGCUAUACUUGCUCAAGUUCCACCUUGGGACCCACAAUCAAUUAAGAAAGAAGUCUCCACAGAUGAACCAGAAGCGAUUAAACGCAGGACUACUACCAAAUUGAAUUUAGAAUCUUUUGAUAUGAGCAGAGUUCUAGCUCGUAGUUCACAUCUUACUGGAUCUGAGGGCACCGAGUACGACCUAACUAUAUCAGAGGGGGAGCAAUUGUCAUUUCCCAGUCAGCAAGAAAAAUUAGCUGCCAAACUAGGCUUUCAUCCACGUUUGAUAGGCGUCGAUGAUUUAUUUACCGUCGAGGAUCUUACCCCAGUACAAGCGCCACGUAUGACGCAAACUGCUACUGUACCUGUCGACGAAACUUUGAAACAACCAGCAGGAUUGAGCAGAAGAGAAAUGAACAGAGCGAAACGCAAAGCGCGUCAGUCAGUGACGAAACAACGAUCGCGUGAACCGGAUGAUCAUCGCGCUAAUGAUGACCAUUCAAAUUCAAUGAAUGUUCAAUCUCCAUUAAAUAACAUUGGUGAACCACCGACCAAAAAAAUGAUAUUAGAGGACGCGAUCUCAUCAGAUACUGGAUCAAAGUGCGGCUUAUCUAACGAGCAAGUAAGCGGAGUGCCAGAUGGUACUGGAUGCUGGCCAGAUUCCGUCGUAGAUUGGCCUUUAGAAUCCUUCGCGGAAAGUCUUUGUCAGGAUUUAUUUAGUCAAAAAUGGGAAGUACGUCAUGGAGCAGCGACAGCUUUACGGGAACUCAUAAGACUUCACGGUAAAGGAGCGGGCAAGACCAUGGGUCAAACCUUGGAAGAGAUGCAAGAGAGCCAUUACGAAUGGGUGAUUGACGCUGCCUUACGAUUGUUGUGCGUAUUAGGGCUUGAUCGAUUUGGAGAUUUUGUAUCUGAUCAAGUUGUCGCGCCAGUACGUGAAACGUGUGCUCAAGCGUUGGGAUCGCUUUUCCUAUUGGUACCCAGUGGUCCAAAUGCCAAAGAUACGCAUGGUGUUUUUCAUGGAAUACUUUCUGUAAUUCUCAAACUAUUGGAGCACAACGAAUGGGAAGCGAGACACGGUGCAUUUCUUGCUUUAAAAUAUUUAUUAGCCGUGCGAGACGAUUUACUGGAUGAGGUAUUGCCAAAAGUGUUUCCCGCUAUUAUGCAAGGACUGUCCGAUCCUGUCGACGACGUAGGUGCAGCCGCCGCGAGUGCGCUUAUACCAGUAGCGCAUGCUCUUCCACGAUUAUUGAAAUCAACAGAACUGGAGGUUAUCGUAAUACGUCUUUGGCAAUUAUUAAAAGAACAAGAUGAUUUGGCUGCGGCUUGUAACACCUUUAUGGGUCUUUUGGCUGCGAUACUCUCAUUACCAACGGCACAUGCUUGCUUAACACCCCAACCAUUAUCGCAGGUAUUACCACGUUUAUGGCCAUUCCUCAGCCAUUCAAGUUCAAGUGUACGUAAAGCCACGCUGCAAACACUGCAAACUUUAACUGGAAACGACAGCACGUGCAGCGAAAACAAGAAGGAGCGAUGGGGCGAGGGUGGCGGAUUAGUUUUACAGGAAGCAUUGAGGCAUGUGUUUCAAUGCGUGCUAAUCGAACAUAUUAGCGUGAUACAAGACGUGGCCGAACGUGUCUGGGAAAAUCUAGUCGUGCAGAGUGAUCUCGAAUUAUUAUUACAUGCGGCGUGCCCUCACGUCAGUACGUGGCUUUGUCUCGCCAUGCAACCGGAACAUGUGCCAUUCAAUCCAAAUUUGUUAAUGACAGUUGCUAAUGUUAUUAAAGGCACGAAGAAUAAUCAAACGAUUGCCCAUUGCGACGGGCAAUCAGAUACUAAUGGCGGAAACAGUAAUAUUAAUACAAGUGCGAAAUCAUUAUCCGAACUAAAAAUGUAUAUUGGUGGGAUUGAAACGGUGGCAUUGAAUGUACGAAAGGCAAACGUGGUACAGGCUCGUUGCAGAGCGUCUCGUAUGUUAGGAUUGCUGUCGCACUAUGUUGUACAACCUGCACCAGGUGUCAUUUAUCCACCAGACGUACCUAGUCCAGCGCUUUGUUAUGCUAAGGUGCUAUUGGCACAUCUAAAUUCGCGAUCGGCUCUGCAACGUACCGUUGUGGGGCUUACAAUGUCUCAUUGGGCGACUGUGGAUCCACUAAAGAUACCCGCGAUACCAGACAUUCUCAGUGACAGAUUAUUGGUUUGUUUAAACGAAUGUAUGUACUAUGACGAGAUAGCGGCUUCCUUCACGAGACUGCUGCAUGAAAGCCGAGAUUAUAUCGCGACUUUAAAACAUUAUAAACUUAUGGUACCAGUUGAAGUGGAUUCGUCUGGUGUGAUGACUCUUGAUCAGAUCGCUACACUUGCUGGAAAAACAAUUUCCACCCUUUGCACUGUGGGAGCAAACGCUGGUGGAGGUGGAAAUAUUAACAGCGGUUCAAUGGCUAUUAAAUUGAAACCUAAAUUAAUGGAGAGCUUAGAGGAGAGAAGACGAGCGUUAGAUGUCGGAGCAACUACAACGGCAGCACAACAACAGUCGUUGCAUAUCAUGUCAAUGGCUGCGCUCGCUGGUGCCGCUACGAUGUUACAUAUUCUUCCUCAAUCUCCUCAGCCACUUAAUCCGUUAGUAAAACCGCUAAUGGAAGCUAUAAAGCGCGAGGAAAACGAAGAAUUGCAAAAAUUGGCUGCAAAACAUUUGUCUCAUUUGGUCGAGCUCUGUGUCGAUAGAAAACCAUCUCCGAACGCAAAGAUUUCUGCCAAUCUAUGUACAUUCCUAUGUUCUGAUGUUGAGUUCACACCACGGGUAUGUUGCGCCGGUGACGUUGAAAUUUUUGAUGGAAUACUCACUUUGAAUAACAGGCAAAAACAUGCCGAGAGAAUAGCAUAUAAUCGAGGUGCAGGUAGUGGACUCGGCAGCGGUAGAGGCCCUGGUAGGCCACCGACGACUGACAUUCCUAUUGAGGAGUUACUCGCUUGCGAAGAACCGGAAGCCAAAGCCGCUAGAACGCGCCGGCGUGGAGCUACAAUGGCAUUAACAGCUAUAGCUACUCUCUUCGGUUCUCAAUUACCUGAUCGCUUACCUCAACUGUGGGAUUUGAUUUUACCGAACACACUAAAGGACGCAACCAAACAAGAUAAUAUACAAGAAGAGGAAGGAAAUCAAUUAAUUUUCGGCUUACAAGUAUUAGAGAUCAUGGUGCCGAGUUUAGCUAAGUCUCUGUUACCACCUGCGUUAGAAUGUCUGCCACGUUUGUGCAGUCUAUUGGCACAUCCGUACAAAGCCGUUAGGCAUAUGGCCUCGCGAUGUAUAGCGACUUUAGCUACUUUAAAUACAGAGAAGACAAUGGUACACAUAAUACGCAGCGUUAUACCACUCUUAGACACAACUGGCAGUGAGAAGAAAUGUUCUUCAGGCAUAGUGGCACCGAACGAAGUCGAUUCCGUACGUCAAGGAGCUGCAGAAGCUCUAACUUGUAUCGUCGAGAGCUUAGGUGUGCACGUGGUGCCAUAUGCAGUACUCUUUAUGGUACCCUUAUUAGGACGUAUGAGCGAUCAAAAUCAAUCUGUAAGACUAGUUUGUAGCGCGACAUUCGCUACGCUUGUGCAACUAUUACCGCUAGAUCCUGGCGCAAUUUCGGACCCACCAGACCUAGUGCAAGAAAAGGCACAAGAGAGAAAGUUCUUGGAUCAACUUUUAAAUCCUCGUAAUAUUUCUGAUACGGAGCUACCGAUUCCCGUAGCCGCGGAAUUACGUUCCUACCAACAACAGGGUUUGAAUUGGCUCAAUUUUUUGAAUCGUUAUCAUCUUCAUGGAGUUCUGUGUGACGACAUGGGUCUCGGAAAAACAUUACAGACACUUUGUAUUCUGGCGUUGGACCAUCAUCGCAAUCCACAGGCACCUACCAGUCUCGUAAUAUGUCCACCAACUCUUACCGGUCAUUGGGUAUACGAAGCUGAGAAAUUCUUCAAGGCAAAGGAUUUGUCGGUCAUUCAGUAUGCUGGUACACCGCAAGACCGUGAGAAAUUGCGUCCCCGGGUACCACAUCACAAACUCGUAGUUGCCAGUUAUGACAUUGUACGAAAAGACAUCGAAUUUUUCGAAACACAUCAAUGGAAUUACUGUGUGCUCGAUGAAGGCCAUAUAAUAAAGAACUGCAAAACGAAAAGCGCCAAAGCCACGAAACGAUUGCACGCGAAUCACAGGCUCAUAUUAUCUGGUACACCUGUACAGAACGACGUGCUCGAGUUGUGGUCUCUAUUUGACUUUCUGAUGCCAGGCUUCCUCGGCAGCGAGAAACAAUUUGCCGCUAAAUAUUCCCGUCCCAUCUUGGCCUGCAGAGAGCCGAAAGCAGGACCGAAGGACCAAGAAGCUGGUGCCUUAGCUAUGGAAGCUCUGCACAGACAGGUAUUGCCAUUCUUAUUAAGACGAAACAAGGAAGAUGUGCUGCAAGAUUUACCACCUAAAAUCACGCAAGAUUAUUACUGCGAUUUAUCGCCUUUACAACGCAUACUUUACGAGGAUUUCCGCACUCGUCAUUCGGCCCUCACCAACAGCUCCUCGUCUUCGAACGAUUCUCAAAGUAGUCACGUGUUCGAGGCGCUACGCUAUCUGCGUAAUGUGUGCAAUCAUCCCAAAUUAGUGCUAAGUCAAGGGCAUCCACUGUAUCGAACAGUAUGCGAUAUGUUGAAACAGCAACAAAGCACUCUGGCAGAAAUCGAGCACGGCGCCAAGUUGCUUGCAUUGAAGCAACUGCUAUUAGAUUGUGGCAUUGGGCAACCGCAACAAACUCGCAAAUUCUCCGUCGCCAUAAGUCUUACCACGGAAAGCGCCCAUUCUCAGGAACAGCAAUUAGUCAGCCAGCAUCGCGCUCUAAUUUUUUGUCAGUUGAAAGCAAUGCUGGACAUUGUCGAAGAAGAUUUACUUCGCACGCAUCUGCCGACAGUAACGUAUCUUCGUCUGGAUGGUAGUGUACCGGCGGCGCAGAGGCACUCUGUCGUGGCGCGUUUUAAUGCUGAUCCAUCGAUAGAUGUUCUUCUAUUGACUACUCAAGUCGGUGGUCUUGGAUUAAAUUUGACGGGAGCAGACACCGUCAUAUUCGUGGAGCACGAUUGGAACCCCAUGAAAGAUCUCCAAGCAAUGGACCGCGCGCAUCGUAUAGGCCAGAAGAAAGUAGUCAACGUAUAUCGCUUGAUUACUAGAUCGACAGUGGAAGAAAAAAUCAUGGGACUACAAAAAUUCAAGCUUCUCACUGCGAAUACGAUAAUAUCAACGGAGAACGCCUCUUUGGAAACCAUGGCUACUGAUCAAUUGUUAGAUCUAUUUUCAUUGGAUAACGGAAAGGAGAAGAGGACGGAUCACCAAGAGGACACUGUUUCAAAACUUCCUGGCCUACCGGGAAUUAGCCGUUCUGUGCUAGAUAUCCUACCCGAACUCUGGGAACAGCAGCAAUACGACGACGAAUACGAUCUCGACUCAUUUCUGUCUACUCUGAAGGCUGAUAGCCAGAAUUUAUGCAGACAAAGUCUUCAAUUGAUUCGCUGAUGGCGAAACGCAAUACUAAUAAGUAUCACUCGAGAAGUGCAAAUAAAAGGUGUACAUACGCUAUAAGACAUCGCAACAUGCAUUAACGAUACGCCCUUGCCAGUAAUUGAAUAAAUAUAAUUAGCCAGUAGAUAGACAUAAGAAAACGAGAUAAUACGCAAGAAUUUCAACGUUCAACGUAUACAUUUAGCAAGCUAAAAUCUCUCGAUGCUAUGGAUACCUAUAUUCAUCGAAAUCUGUACUUUAUACGGAUACGAGAGAAACGGGCUAAUUAAGCGCCAAACCCGGUAAAUGAGGCGCGAAAGUUAUUUGCAAAUUAUUUACAUAUUUUCCAAUCUUAGGAAACAGCGCGCCGACUAUAUUGUCAUUAUUGUCGGAUUUGCAACAUAAGCCAGUAUUUAUAGUCGAAUCUUAUAUUUAAGACCGUCUUAAGUACGAUCUUAAGGUGUCAUUAAUCAUUUACAGAGCCGUAUUAGUAUCUUAAGACAUAACUUAAGACGGUCUUAAAAUAAGAACCGACUAUGAAUACUGGCCAUAGUUCUGUUUGGAGCAGUAAAAUCCCCUCCCUCCGUCCUAAUUAAAUCUAUUAAUUAGAGGGAGGGAGGAGAUUUUACUACUCCAACCAGAACUGUGUGUUGCAAGUCUGACUGAAUAUAGUCAGCACGCAAAGGUUAAAAAAUAUGUAAAAAAUUAAAAAAAAAACUAUCGCGCGUCAUUUGCCGCGCCUUAAGCCUUGGGAGCGAAAUUUUUUAAAAAUCAGAAGCAAAAAGGUCACAAAACUACUCAAAAAAUCGAGAAUCGAAAUGUAUUUCCAAUGUAAUUUGGAAGACAAAAAAACGCACAAAAUAUUAUGACGAAUCGAAUACGAGUCGAAUAAAAUAUAUUUCUUACGUUUGAA